UUCUUGUCUCUGACACAUUAAACACAACAACUUUCUGCAAAUUACAGAAUGCCAGUGGACAGAUUCCUUUUAACUUUUCUAGUUACUCUCUCUCUCUCUCUCUAGUCUCUACUACCUUCUCUGUUCAUAAUAGAGAGUUUCAACUGCCAACUGUUAGUGUACUAUGGACAAAAACUCUCUCUUUCCAUUAAUGUUGGAGAAAGCUUAGGUGAUAACAUGAUCUGGAAGGGCUAGCUGCAUCUACUCCAGGUACCCCGCCAUCCCAUUCUAAGAUUUCCAGCGAAAAGUAAAUUUCAUUAAUGCUACUAAUUCACUGGUUGUUGUUCUAUUGAGAAGGGAAAGAAGAAAAAAGGAAAGAACUUUAACAAACUUUUCAAUUUCAGCUGAUCAAAAUUAUAGCUCAAGACCGUUAUAUUUUCUUUCUUUUGCUUGAUGGGCGGUUUCUAAACUGAGAAGUUUCACUUCAGAUAUUCAAAAGCACCAUCAAUAAGUGUGUAUACAAAAGCAGGGAGUUUGUUCAUGGGGUACUGCGGCUGGUUGCUGCUGCCAUGUCUUUUAUGGAGUUCUCUGAUUGUGGGUUCCCAUCAAUUACAAUCUUCACAAACACAAGUGCUUCUUCAACUCAGGAAGCAUUUGGAGUUCCCAAAUCAACUAGAAAUUUGGAAUGAUCAUCGCAUAGAUUUUUGCUAUAUAUCUUCAUCCGCACAAGCGAAUGUGUCAUGCCAGGACAAUUUUGUCACUGAGCUCAGAAUUAUAGGAGACAAGCCUUCUAAGAUUGAUAACUUUGUUGGCUUGGUAAUUCCAAAUCAAACUUUAUCAGAGAAUUUCUCUAUGGAUUCUUUUGUUGUUACUCUUGCAAGGCUAACCAAUUUGAGAGUACUCAGUCUUGUAUCUCUGGGCAUUUGGGGUCCACUUCCAGACAAAAUUCAUCGGUUGUCUUCGCUUGAAUAUUUGGAUUUAAGCUCAAAUUACCUAUUUGGUUCUGUUCCACCAAAGAUUUCAAAAAUGGUGAAACUUCAAACUCUUACACUCGAUGACAAUUUCUUCAACGAUACAGUCCCCAAUUGGUUUGAUUCAUUAUCCAAUCUUAAAAUUCUAAGAUUGAAGAAUAACCAAUUGAAAGGUCGAUUUCCAUCUUCAGUACAGAGAAUUACCACUCUUACUGAUCUUGUUUUGUCUAGCAAUGAGAUAUCUGGAAAGUUGCCAAAUCUUGAUGCCUUAAGCAACUUGCAUUUGCUGGAUGUAAGUGGGAACAAUUUAGAUUCUAAACUACCUUCAAUACCUAAAGGAUUGGUCACAGUAUUCCUUAGCAAUAACUCCUUUUCAGGAGAGAUUCCACAUCAAUAUAGCCAGCUUAGUCAGCUUCAACGCCUUGAUAUGUCAUUCAAUGAACUAAGUGGAACACCUCCUGCUUCAAUUUUCGCAUUGCCAAACAUCACUUACUUGAAUUUGGCAUCAAAUAUGUUAAGUGGUUCGCUCCCAAACCAGCUAAGUUGUGGCAGCAAACUACAGUUUGUUGAUAUAUCCAAUAAUAGUUUUACUGGUGGAUUGCCUCAUUGUUUGAGAACGGAAUCAGAUGAUAGAGUUGUGAAGUUUGGUGGAAAUUGCUUAUCAAUUGGUUUACGUCAUCAGCGUGCGGCAUCAUCUUGUAUGGCCAUGCCUGUGAAACAGAAAAAAUCUGGAGGCAAAGAUGUAGGAAUAGUAGUGGGUGUGGCCGCUGGUAUACUUUUUGUUCUGGUGCUUCUGGCUUUGGGCUUUCUUCUUGUGUGUAGAAGAUAUUGCCCGCGAGGAAUGUCAGAGCAGCAUUUGUUGCACAAAGUAGUGCAAGAAAACUCAGCGGCAGGGCUCUCGUCUGAGAUCCUCACCGGGGCAAAAUUUAUUUCUCAAGCUGAAAAAUUGGUGACACAAGAUCUCCCGGCGUGUAGGUCAUUUACAUUAGAAGAGUUAAAGGAAGCCACCAAAAACUUUGAUAACUCUGCCAUUUUGGGUGAAGGUUCUUAUGGAAAGCUCUAUAAAGGAAGAUUAGAAAAUGGGACCCAAGUUGCUAUAAGGUGCCUACCUUCAUCGAAGAAAUACUCUUUUCGAAAUCUUAAACUCAGGUUGGAUUUGCUUGCAAAGCUUCGUCACCCACAUUUGGUUUGCCUCUUGGGGCACUGCAUUGACAAUGGUGGACAAGAUUACAGAGUGAACAAAGUCUUCCUUAUAUUUGAAUACAUUUCGAAUGGGAAUUUUCAAACUUACCUCUAUGAGAACAGUUCAGGCAAGGUUCUUGAUUGGUCAGAGAGAUUGACAGUGCUAAUUGGUGUGGCAAAAGCUGUGCACUUUCUGCAUACAGGAGUUAUUCCUGGUUUCUUUAACAAUCGAUUGAAGACAAAUAAUAUCCUGCUCAGUGACCAUGGGAUUGCAAAAUUGAGUGACUAUGGACUUUCUAUUAUCUCUGAAGAAAUAGCAAAUUGUGGGGAACGUGGAGAUGGCUUGGAAUCACGGCAAAUGACAAGAGUAGAGGAUGACGUUUAUAGCUUUGGCUUCAUAUUACUUGAAUCACUUGUUGGCCCCUCAGUAUCUGGCAGAAAAGAUAAGCUGCUGCUGAAUGCAUUGGCAUCUUGUAACAGCCCAGAUAGCCAUAGGAAAUUAAUAAACCCAAUUGUGUUGGCAACUUGCUCUCAAGAAUCUUUAUCAAUUGUGCUUUCAAUAACAAACAAAUGCAUUUGUUCUGAAUCAUGGAGCCGUCCGUCCUUCGAGGACAUCCUCUGGAACUUGCAGUAUGCAGCUCAGAUCCAAGCAACAGCAGAUGGUUCAAAGAUUUGAUAAUGUAUCAUUUGAGGGAUUAUAUAUUUGUGGACUCUCAACUCCCGCAAGAAGCAUGCCAUUCCAUCCUUACAAUUCCCCAAAAGGGAAUUUGUUUUUUCAUUGAGGUUGCAGCUAUAGCAAAUGUUGAAGCUUUGCGUGCCUUAAUUUGGGCAGAAUUUGUAAUAUUUAUAUUUUGUCAUUUUUCUUUCUGUUUCUAGAAGUGUAGCAUUGCCAUUAUGUGUUCUUCAUUGCUACAAGUAACAAUAGCAAUUAAAGUCCAGCAAUGCGUUAUUACUGCCA